GGGUGGGAAAUGAUAACAAAACGAAGGUUAAACGUUGAACAAGUUUUCCUUUUUAAGAAAAUUCUAAUUUGAUGUGAUAAUUACCUUUGUCUAGCAUCAUGCCCUCGGUACCGAUAACGAUGGCCAAGCUCUACAUGGGAAAUUUACCGCCCGGAACUAUCGAGGGUGACCUCUAUCAGCUCCUGCACAGGAACGGAUUGUCGGCCAAGAAAAUUUCGGUUAGGGAAGGCCUGCGAGGGCUGUACGCUUUCAUAGAGAGUAACGAUCAAUCUUCUGCCGAUCAAAUCAUCGACAAAAUGAACGGAUUCUAUUUCUACGGUCGCAUCUUGGUUGUCGAGCCUUCAGUAACUCGGAGAAGGAGUAGUGCUCCUGCUCCUGCCGGUCAACCUCCCGUUUUGCAGCAGCAAACCAAUAAAGGACGGCGCCAAACACCAAAAAUCAUAAUAUCAAACUUGGGUCCACAAAUAAAGUUUGAAGACAUCGAACUGCUGCUGGGCCAACAUGGACGAGUCAUUCAUUGUGAUAAACUUACCUCCAAAGAUCCAAACACACAAGUUGUACAAAUUACGUAUGAAACGACGGAACAAGCACAACAGGCCGUAUCACAGUUAAAUGGCGUAGAAGUAGAGGGAAAAGCCUUAAAAGUGGAAAUGGCCGUUGAUAAACGAUCGCGACGAGGGCCUCGGGGUCCGGGCGCUCCUUUCGGGGGCCUCCCCGGACAGAGCCGACAGACAGAUUUUCCCUUGAGGAUACUCGUACAAAGUGAUAUGGUAGGCGCUAUAAUUGGCAGACAGGGUUCAACGAUUAGACAAAUAACUCAACAAACGCGAGCCCGAGUAGACGUGCACCGCAAAGACAACGUCGGCUCUUUGGAAAAAGCCAUCACUAUUUACGGAAACCCUGAAAAUUGUACCAAUGCCUGCAAGAAAAUUCUGGAAGUUAUGCAACAAGAAGCCAACAACACAAACAAAGGAGAAAUUUCAUUAAAAAUCCUUGCGCACAACAAUCUGAUUGGUCGGAUUAUAGGCAAGGGCGGUAACACCAUUAAAAGGAUAAUGCAAGAGACCGAGACCAAGAUAACCGUAUCCAGUAUAAACGAUAUCAAUUCGUUUAAUUUGGAACGAAUAAUCACGGUAAAAGGUUCCAUUGAUAAUAUGAGCAAAGCUGAGGCUCAGAUUAGUGCAAAAUUGCGUCAGAGCUAUGAGAACGAUUUGCAAGCGAUGGCUCCUCAAACUAUGAUGUUCCCAGGUUUGCAUCCUAUGGCGAUGAUGGCAACAGCGGGAAUCGGAUAUGGUUCUCGCGGGUUGUACGCAGGCCAGGCGCCCUACCCCGGCAUGUACCCUUCGGCAGGACCAUCGCAGCAAGCCGGUGACGUUCAAGAAUCCACCUUUUUGUACAUUCCAAACAACGCUGUCGGUGCCAUUAUUGGAACCAAAGGUUCGCACAUUCGAAAUAUUAUUCGUUUUUCGGGUGCUUCCGUUAAAAUCGCACCAUUGGACGAAACAAAGCCACAAGAAACUCCCAGCGAAAGACGCGUGACUAUUGUAGGCUCUCCUGAAGCUCAAUGGAAGGCUCAGUAUUUGAUCUUCGAAAAAAUGAGAGAAGAAGGCUUUGUCGCCGGCUCGGACGACGUCAGACUGACUGUCGAGAUUCUUGUGCCGAGUUCGCAGGUCGGACGUAUAAUCGGCAAAGGUGGACAGAACGUGCGCGAGCUGCAACGGGUCACUGGCAGCGUGAUUAAGCUGCCAGAACAGGGCGCCACUCCUCAAGAAGAUGAGACUACAGUACAUAUCAUUGGACCUUUCUUCAGUGUCCAGUCAGCACAAAGACGAAUCCGUGCCAUGGUUCUGCAAUCGGCAGCGCCACCAGCCGGUAGACAACGUCAACCGCGCCCGCCAAAAGAGUCGAGCCAAUCGGAAGGUACCUCGGCAGAGCAACAGUAAAAACCCAGCUUAACAACAUUCACUGCCUUGGCCCAUCGGUUUUUACACAUACCUUAUUGUACAGGAUCACAUCUCGAGGCCUUCCACUACUAGGAUUCUAUAAUGUAGCGCAAUAUUAAGUUUUUUUCGCUUUGGGUUAAAGUUUUUUUCGUUAUUCACAUUUUACGAGUUAAGUAUAUGGUAAUGUUUAAGUGGAAAGUUUGGAGAAACGGGCGUGGAAUAUGGUAUGCGUCGACACCCGUGCCUACACUACAAAUCUACCUCAAGAAAUCAAAAUAUAUUAGAUUUUUAUAGCCAUAGAAAAUUUCCGUUGUUAAUACCGCAACCCACCACAACAACCUCAGCGUUUCAUUAAGUUUUCAAUCGGUCAGACACCAACAAGAUUUCUUUUUUCUACCUGAUGAAAAAUGACUACCAAAGAUACGUUAUUUUUUUCUUAAAUAAAUAACGUCAACCUGUGUCAACAUUUUUUUGUUAUAAAGGAAACAUGCAACCAACAACGAUAAAAUAACCAUUGUUCAAUUGAUAAUAAUAAUAAAUUAUUUGGACCAGCAGCAUAUAGCAUCACCAAAUCUAAAGACGCCAAAGUUCCUCAAUUGUAUACAGCUGUCGUGCGGGACUCAGGAAGUCCAAAAUUCCCGCUAAGUGUGAAUGUGUCCUCUGGACAUUUGUGUGGUGUUAUUGUGUGGACAUGCCUGAUAACAAUGUUUGUUAUUUUGAAGGAAAAAAAGGCGCGAAUGCUAAGGACUAUAUUAUACUAAUUUUAGUUUUUAUUAUUAGGUGAUUGUUGAACCAGUGGAUUUUUUCUGUAAAAAAAAAGGCAAACGCCAGGGCUAAUCUUUUUCAAUUAUUUUUGUUUUGUCAAUGUCGGGAUUAGCCCUUGCGCGCGCCCAAUAAUGUUUGUUGCAAAAAAUUACACUGGGCGUUUGUUGAAGUGGUUCAAUUUGAAUUUCUCUUUGAAAGUAAACUUUUUUUAACAGAUACUUUAUGAAACAACAGAAAAUGGGUAAGUGAGUUUAAGUUUCAAAAUAGCACAAUCAAAUUCUGCUUUUCUUACUGUAAAAUGUAUAGUUUGAGAUUUCAAAGAAUGCAAACUAAAACAGGUAGGUAGAUAAAUCAAUAAUAAUAAAUAUUUUUAUGAUUCAGCUUAAAGCUCGGUUUACCAUUUAAACAAACGCCCAGUAUAAAUUUAUUAACCAGAAGAUAGGUCUGUAAGGUAGUACACCUUGCAAAAGCGGGUAGGAUGCCUUGUGUCAAGGCCAUCCGCGUCCCUAAUAGUACAAAAAAAAUCAAGAGGGACAGUUUUGCCCCUCGCGGUCCCCCCUUUUUCGAGGUGGAGCAUGCGACCCACUCGGGGGGGCCCCCUCCGGCCUAUAGGUGGGGCUGGAGUAGUGUAAAAUAAUAUUUUUGAUAAAAAAUUUUGUUGGGGAGGAUUAUUUUUUGUUAGAAAAAAAAAUGAAAAGAAAACGUUAUUAAGUAUAGCGGGGUCGCUAUUUUAAAAAAAAAAAAUUGUGAAAAAAAUGGAUAUAUUUAUUAGAUUUUUAUGUAUAAAAUUUUUUAAAUUAUUUAUAAAAGAAAAAAUUUAUAAAGUGUGCCAAAGUGCAAGAAUGUUAUGAAAAAAAAAAUUUAAGAGGACCGCAUUUAUUUGUUUUAGAAAAAAAUUGAAUAUUUGAAGGGUACAUGUAUUUAUUUCCGGAAGAAGAAAAAAAAAUGUUCUUUAAAAGCACUUGCCCAGCUACAUUCGGGAUUUUAAUAUUGAAUCAUCACACACACAUUCAAAACUCAAUCCAUUUAUUUCACACCAAAAAUGUCUAAUUGUCACCACAGAUUUCUGGCCGCUGCAAAAUUUUCAAAAAAUAAAAAAUUACCUUGUUUUAAGGAAAUCCUUAACACGUUACCAUUGAAAAAAACAAAGGAUUUCUGUAAAACGAUUAAGAAUUUUUUGUUACCAGACCCCCCAAACAUACCCACAUUAACAUUUUGCUGUUUUACAGAAAGUCUUAAUUUCGAGACUCGCUGUAUUGAAGCAGCAAUCUGUAGGUAUGAAAAAGCUUACUACUAUCAAUAAAUGGUAGAAUAGGUUUAAAAAAGGAAAAACAAAAUAAAUCAGUCCGACCCAGUACAAGUUCUGGUUGAUCUGCUAUGGAAAAAAAAAAUGUAUGCUCACAAACAAUUUGUUAGCUCUAAUCUCAUACUUACACAGAUUGUCAACAAGAACAAUUAGUUGUUCCAGUGACAUUGUUGUAUGGUUAAACAUAACCAACAGAAUAUUGAAAUAAUAAUCGGCUUUUUAGGUUUAGCCGGAUUUUUUUUUUAUCAAUUAAAGAUGGGUAUAAAUAGUGCCUAAAAAAAAAUAAAAUGAAACCUGUGUACGGGUAAUUUUGACGUUAGUAAUAUAUUUGAUUAAUUUUUAGUUUUCAAAUAAUAAUUAACGCUUUUUUUUACAUAGAUUAUUUUGUAGUUUGUAUACCUUUGUUUUUUUUUUGUGCUUGUGACCGAGUAACGAGGUUAUUUAGUGAUUACGUGUUAGUUUUUUUUUUUUUUUUGAAUGAAGAAGAGUCAAUUUUACUCGUUAACCAGCUGGAAAGUGUCUCUGCGUGGAGUAAAAUUAAUAUUUCCAGUUUUGUAAUAGUCUGUAUACGGGGUGCAAGAUUUUAUUCGUAGGUUUUGGCUAAGGUAAUAAUUACUGUUUGAUUGAAAGUGUUGUUGCACUAUCGAAUCUGGCUGAUAAUUAGGGAAUCUAAAUCACGUGACUUUGCCCACAAGCAGGCAUUUUUAAAUUUUUAUAAGGUUAGAAUACGGGUUGUUACAUGUCAACGAUGUCAGAAAAGUGUCGGAUUUUUUAAGUCAGCAAGAAGUCGCCCAGUAUAUCGAUAAUCCCGCUAAAAGAAAACAUACCUAUGUUUUUUGUUUAUUGUUUGCCAACCAGGCGCCAUUUUUUAACAGAUUGCCUAAUUAAAUUCAUUCAAUUUCCAAGUAACCUGUACAAUUUAAAUGCUUGCAGUUACGUGUGUAGCCACCUUUAGAUAUUAAUUUUUGUAAAAUCCAAUGGCGUACUCUGUUUUUUUUUUCCUAGAUAUUUCUGAUUUUGAAAUACUGUUCAAAGUUAUGUGCAAAUUUUUCAAUGUGAACAUCAUAGGCACAAUUCACCAAUGAAACAUUGGAGAAUUGAAAAAAAAAAAAACGACUUUGUACAAUAUGUCAAAAUUGGAAAUGUUACAUUACAGUCCAAAACCUACAGAAAUGAUCAAACCCGCCCCGUACUUAUCACUUUUCAGAACAAACAAGUUGUUAGCUUAUUGGAACUAAAAAUAUGUAAUUAUUAUCAUAGCUGUAGUUGUCACUCGAAAAAUCAAAUGAAGAAAAUGCGCUUUGUUGCUUUCAUUUUCAUUUUAGUGUUUCGAUAUUCCAAAUAUCCAAACGCAUUAUUCAUUAAAAUAUUGUCAUUUAACCCCCACCCCGCCCCCAUAUAAUAUAGAAACAUUUACCUAUUAUUAAUUCCUCUGUUCGUUUGUAAAACUUGGUUUACGGAAUAUUUUUAAAUUCACCAUUAUUAAUAGUUUAUAGUACAUGUUAAUUCACUGUACGCUGGAAGGAGACUGAUUGUGCAACCAGCCCGCCGUAGAUUUAGUAAAAUACUUGGACUCGGAUAGUAACAUUUAAACAGAAUAAUUAAAAUAAAUCUCUAAUUACAGCUUCGUCGUAGAGGAUCUUAAUUUCAUCAACUUUACCACAAAAAGUAUUUCACGUCACCCUAAAACUAUUCGAGUAUCUAAGGAAGUAAACUACCUCAGUAAUUAUAUAUUUCUAUAUAAAACAUAAUUUUGUUGUUCAUGUUUUAUUACUUGGGUAAUCAAUAGGUUUUAAGAUUCUCUGGUGAAUACUAUUUGUAAAAAAAAAUAAAUGAAAAUAUUUUUCAGUUUUUACAAAAACUAGCUCGAUAACGUAUAAUAAUUUAAAUGUAGUGUGCCAUUCGUUUCGAAAAAAACUCUGGAACCGUAUAAAUAAUAUGACAAACCAAAGCUGCAAAGGUUGUAUUUUUAUCGAGGCAGUUUUAUUAAACAAAAAUCAUUUUCGAUAAAACUGUCCUCCAAGUUCCUAUAAAUAGUCUAUGUUAAAUGUGCAUGAUGAUGGAUAACGCUGUACCGAAACUUCGAAUUACUUUAUUAUUGGUGCUUUUUUUUUGGUGACUCGAGUCGCCAAAGUCAAUUCGACAGUUUGUGGUAAGGCUAAAAUAGGAUUAAACACACAUCAGCAUCUACAAAUUUGUCUCAGGAAAAUACACUCAGGUUUUCAUUUAAAAUAUUUUUUUAAAUAAAUGAAUUUUUUCAAGAUUUUUUUGUUAAUUAUUUGAUGAUGUAGAUGAUGAUGGAUAGCUUAAAUAAAUGUAAUAAGAAUAUGUUGUAUUACUUUUGUUUAAAUGCAUUAUAUAUUAUAUUGGUUUUUUUUUUUUUGUAUUCAAUGGCAUACGAUAAUAAUUGAUUAUUAUUCAGGCUACUUUUCCUUUUGUUUAUUUCAACCUCCAAUCGUUUAAGUUAAAAUAAAUAGUGUUCCCUUAUGUGAGUUUUUUACUUAUCCCCAAUCAAUAUACAGGGCGAGUCCAUAUCUUCUAUACUAAUGGAGAUUUAAGAAAAAAAUAAAUACAGAACAUGUAGAUAAACAUGAGUACUACAUUCUUAAAUUAUUUUUCAUUAUACAGGCUGGCCCAAUAAGUAGUGGUGACUCAAAGUUAAGUUUUUUUAAAUGACUCUCCCUGUAUAUUAUGACUGUUUCGUCUUUAUUCUAAUUAAAUUUUAUACAAUUUGGCAACGGUACAAAAUUCCUAUUUGCUCGCAUUUUUUGUUUUGCGCAAAAAGUCGUACCUCUAGAUUUUGACAGUUAGGCGUAUCAGAAGCUAGUAAUUUGAAAAGACUUACUAAGAAACCAGAUAAGACGAUACACGGGCGCGUCGUAGUACGUCUUAACAUGGUCACAAUAUUUCUAAUCUAAAAAUUCAUUGUGAAGUCCUGUCGUAUCAACCUUCUACAAAUUUCCUUAACCCGUAAUUGGGGAACAGCAUAAUCCGCAGCGUGUGUGUGAAGCAGGUGGGCACUUACGGAAUCACUGGGUAAGUCCUUUUUUUUUUCAUUAUUUAGAGGUUGCGCGGCAAAGUAAAUACAGUCCACUA